AUGGCCGAGGUGUUGCGCCAAGAGCGUAAGAAACUGACACUAUUUCGUCGUCCUCUGGGUGUUUUGUAUCACUUUAGUAUCGUACUUCUUCGCUUUUUCAAGUGGUUAAUGCUACGAGUCCAGCGUAGUUCAGCUACACGCUUUGUGCUACUUCCAUUGCUGCUAUUGUGGAUCAUCGCAUCGAGUCAAGAUGGACCACAUCAUCAAAUGCUUGACGAGUUUAAUAAGAAUAUCAAGUUUGUAGUCUGGUGGGUUGGACUAGGUGUGCUCUCAAGCGUUGGGUUGGGAACAGGUAUGCACUCGGGUAUUCUUUUUCUCUUUCCACAUAUUUUCCUGGUUGUACAAGGUGCACAAGAAUGUCGAUCACUGGACUUUGACACUCGUCAUCACAUGUGGUUUCAUCCAUUUGAGGCCAAUUGUAACAAUGUUCCUGAAGUCUCUACCGUCACGUUUGUCGCUAUUUUUUGGAAAGUGUUUCUCCCGUGUAUGCUUUGGGGAGCAGGUACUGCAGCUGGAGAGAUUCCACCCUAUGCCCUAAGUCGUGCUGCUAAACUUGCUGGUCAACGCAAUGAGGAGUUUGAGGAAAUUGCCGAGUCGAAAUCUCAGUACAAUCUUAUGAACAGCAUGAAAGAUUGGAUGAUUUGUUUCUUGGAAAAGCAUGGUUUCUGGGGUGUUUUACUCAUGUCAGCCUGGCCUAACAUGGCCUUUGACCUGUGUGGCAUUUGUUGUGGACAUUUUCUUAUGCCUUUCUGGACGUUCUUUGGUGCUACGCUUAUUGGCAAGGCACUUAUCAAGGUCAAUAUGCAAGCCGCGUUCUUCAUCACCAUCUUCACGGACGCGCAUCUCAAACGAGUGGAAGCGCUUAUUGGACGCAUUACUCCCGAGCAGUGGGGUCUUGGCUCUCGCGUUAGCGAGUUUUUGCUCGAGUGUCGCGAGAAAUUUCAUUCGGCGCAGAUCAAGGCAGCUGCAGAGCAUGCAGGCACGGUUGCGACUUCUAGCAGCAGUCUGGUCUCCCAACUUGGCUCAUUGGUCAUGGUGGCCUUUAUUGGCUACUUUGCCGUCUCUUGCAUUGAGCAGUUUGCUCAGCAGCAUGCAGCUGAGGAGGAUGAGAAGCUGCUUAAGAAACAGAAAUGA